AUGAUUCUACCAAAGACGUUCUCGGAACUUGCGUCACGCCAAUAUAGCGGCGGUUAUGGUUAUUAUGGCAGCCCUCGCAGAAGACUAUAUAGCGGAGCGAUCGCUGGGAUAGUCGUAGGAUGCGUUGUCUUCUUUCUUAUCCUCUUUGUUCUGUGUUGCAUGUUCACAAGGCGAAGGCGUAACAGAACAAGACAAGCCCAGGGGUAUACCAAUACUAGCAACACGAGUGGAGGAAGGUUCACAUUAUUCGGAGGUGGGAAACAUAGUACUUCGCAGCAGCCGAUGAUGCAGACAGGCAAUUAUCCACAGGGGCAAGGUGGCUAUGGUGGCUACGGUUAUGGACAGCAAGCGCCCGGGGUCAAUCCACCACAAGCCGUGUACCGUUAA